ACCUCAAAAUUGAAAAUUCGAGGUUAGAGGUAUAUUCCGGAUCAACGUCCUCAUCGAGUGUCCAGAAGAGGGGAGGCUUACGGCUGAAGGAUGCGCUGAAAGUGACCGGGCGAGGAAGCUCGCUGACGUGACAGAUGAAGCAACUGCAGGAUGCUGGUCAGGUUGUUCAAGCUCUUCGGUGUUCAAGCCAUGAGACAUGGAUUUCGCCGCGAGCAGCAGAGUAAAAGAGCUUCAGGCUGCUCUGUUUCCGGUUCAGCCGAUACCCGGCAGCUUCAUAACGAGCCACUGUCUGCAAGGUCGUUUUGGAUUAUCGAAGCGGGACGUUGAUUCGAGUUUGACGUUAUCGUCGGCCAUUGGAAAGUAUCGGGAAAGCAAGGAUCAAGCUCAAAUUACAUCCGACAGCCAUUCCGCCCUAGACAGUAUAAUACAGGAAGCGCGAUGGCCAACGGAGUGUCAGGUUAUCCAAGAAAAGGUACAACAUAUAGAAUACGCUCCGGCGACACCGGAGCCCUACUACGUUCCCACAGGAAAGGAACCAAAGCCAAAACCGAUAGGGGAGGAUUCCGGAAGUGUCAUCUUCCGUUACUGUCCAGCCAGUGCGACAAAUUACUUCAGCAGAUCAUGCAUUGGCGGAACGAUUCUGGUCCCGGAAGUGACUCCGAGUGUCGGGGUAUCGACCGACGGAUGUCAAACGAGCGGAAGUGGAUCUACCAAUGCAGAUCUACAAUUCGAGUCGAGAUUUGAGUCUGGAAAUUUGGGAAAAGUCAUAAAGAUCACAGACACCUACUAUCAGCUACAUCUGAGAAGAGAUCUUUACACGCAGAGACACAUGCAGUGGUACUACUUUCGGAUUUCGAAUACGAAAAGCAGAACGAUCUACAGAUUGUCCAUCGUUAAUUUCUGCAAAGAGGACAGCCUCUAUAACGAAGGACUAAGGCCACUGCUGUAUUCGACUAAGGAUGCGACGAUGCACGCAAUUGGCUGGAGAAGAUGCGGCGACAACAUAACCUAUUACAGAAACGAUUCCUCGUCUUCGUCCUCCUCGGACGAGGAGAGAGAGAGUCACACACUGACGUUCAACGUAUCUUUCCCGCACGAUCAAGAUACCGUGUACCUGGCUCAUUGUUAUCCUUACACAUACAGCGACUUGCAGGAAUAUCUCGGUAAAAUUGUCGUGGAUCCCAUGAAGACGCGCUUCACGAAACUGCGUCUACUGUGUCGCACCCUGGCGGGAAAUAACGUGUACUACCUGACAGUAACGGCGCCAGCGUUUAACGACGACGCAAGGAAAAAGAAAGGGGUUGUCAUCACUGCGAGAGUUCACCCUGGUGAAACUCCAUCCAGUUGGAUGAUGAAGGGGAUCAUCGACUUUCUCACUGGGGAAUCUAAUCAGGCCAGAGAAUUACGCGAACGAUUUAUCUUUAAACUGGUACCGAUGCUCAAUCCGGACGGGGUUAUUGUUGGUAACAAUAGAUGUUCUUUAUCGGGAAAGGAUCUCAAUAGGCAAUAUAGAACAGUGAUGCGCGAAAGUUAUCCAUCGGUCUGGCACACGAAACUCAUGAUAAGAAGACUCAUGGAAGAGCGAGGUAUGGCAAUUUAUUGCGAUCUUCAUGCUCACUCGAGAAAACAUAAUAUUUUUAUUUAUGGAUGCGAGAGCAAGAGAGCUGGAUGUUACGGGAAACUUUCCGAGCAAGUUUUUCCAUUGAUGUUACACAAAAAUGCAGCGGAUAAGUUUUCCUUUGAGAACUGCAAGUUCCAUAUUGAAAAGGGCAAGGAAGGAACCGGACGCGUAGUCGUCUGGCUAAUGGGAAUACAGAAUAGCUAUACCAUGGAGGCUUCACUAGGUGGAUCGAAAAUUGGCUCCAGAGCAGGAACGCAUUUUUCUACUCAAGAUUACGAACAGAUCGGUAAAGCCUUCUGCGAGACACUGUUAGACUUCUCCGACGAUGAUCCAACGAAGGAAAGACUUCGAAAUAAAAUUAUUGCCAGACUUAUGAAGGAAGGAUCUAGCGCGGACGAACCAACGAAUAUUAAUCUAACUGAUUACUCGAGCGACGAGGGAGACACGUCGGACAGUACGUCCGAUGAAGGUAAACUGGAAACAAUGGAACCUAUUGGAAAUACUAUGAAUGGUCGAUACGAUUGCCAAUAUCUUUGCGUUCCGCUGCCAUCGUCGCUACAAGCAAGAUCUGAGGUUCCGGGAGGAUCGUCUGCGAGGGAAAAAAGAAUGCGAAAGAAAAUAACUAUGGAUAGGAGUCCGCCUUUGCCAAGGAGACUUUUGACUCGACGAGCCGUUAUGGAUUUGCCAACAACGGAUCCAGGAAGUGAUUUAUACGAGCUCUCUGACUCUGCCGAAGAAAAUUAUAUUCAUCCUCCAAUUGGGAUUGACAGAAAAAAAGAAUAUCGCAUCAAGGAAAGGUUCGCUACUUCUUCUGAGAAAGAUGAAAGUUCGAAAAAAGAAUCAACGUCCGACAGCAUCCCGUUACCUCAGAUCGUGCGUCCACGUAGCCUUUCGCUGGGAGAGGAAUUGGUGGUUCCAAAAAUUCAGUUUGAAGCUAGACAACGCGUUCGUUGUCUGCAAUUACCCAGAGCUACACGGAAUCUAUCACCUAUUUUGCCAAGAGGACAAGUGCAUAUCCAAUUGACUACCCUAAGACAGCAGAUUUGGACUGGUGUUUCAUUGGAUACUGAAGGAGGAACAGAAUUUGAAAUUCCAUUUUCAAAAAGCCCACUCAGCUGGGGAGUGUCUGAAUUAACGAGUUAUCAAAAUGAUAGUGAAGGCUUGUUAGAGUCAUGCUCGAAGAAGCUAGAUACUCUAAACUACAUUCGCAAUGUAGAGGGAAGAAAGUUGAAGAAAAAGUCCUUGAAGAAACAAGCAAAAAUUCUAAAUGCUGUCGCAGUCGAGGAUGUGGUAGAAGAUGACAUUCAAAAACCAAUUAAGAAAAAGCGGUCAAGAUUCAAGAGACAAAAAGCAAUUAAUUCAAAUGUCAAUGUUACUGAGAGUAGUAUAUUAUCGGGAAAGACAGACAAGUUAGAUUCAUUAAAGUUGAUUGGAAUAGCAAAACUUCCAAAGGCAGAAUCUAAACGAAAGGUAGAGCCAAGAAAAAAGUUUCGCAAAGGAGGUCUCAUUGCAACCGUGGCAACUAACGUUCCUAAAACAAAAGGUAAAGUAAUCAGUGAGACAUUCGAAGAGAGUUCAAGCUCUGAUGAUGCUCCCAUGGGAAAACCAAAAAUUCUAAGGAAAAAAAAGAAGAGAUCUUGCAGAAAGAAACAAGCAUCGAGUGCAAAUCUUGUACUUGAAGAAGCAGCUAGAGAACCAAAGUGAUUCAUCGUUAAAGCAACAAAUAAAUUUUAAAAAUCUCUUCAAUAAGUAUAGCUACUGCACUGCCAGGGUAGUCGUUGAAAGAAACGAUAAGACCAGAAAAUCAAAUAGAAUUUUAGUGAGAAGUAAUAACACCUAACCUCACAGUAGUGAAGUAUUGCAGAUUGUUUUCGAAAAUGCAAAGUAAUAUCACGUGCAUCAAAAAUAUGACAGGCAAUCUCGAUCUCAAUUAUUUAUAAGCGUAUAAAAAUAAUAAUCAGGUACAAUAUAAUAAUCAGAUAGCUAAUAGCACAUAGCAAACACUGACAAAUGUCAAACGUCAUACUGCCGCAGUAGAGCAUUUACUAAUCAUUCGUAUUCGAUAAAUCUAUAAAUAUCUAUGUACAUUGAAUUAAAGAAAGGAAUA